AUGAAUUGUUUUUCUUAUUUUUUCCUUGUUAUUAUAUUAUGUGCAGGAUUGAAUAAUGCGAAAUUCAACGAAAAAAACUCCGUAAUUUUUAAGAGUUCUCUUGGUCCGAAAAAACUUCUCAGGAUUCAUUGUACAUCAGAACACGACGACACCGACUACGUUUACCUGAGACAUGGACAAACUUACGCAUUCAGUUUUCAUGAUAGUGUCUUGAAAACUAUAUUUGAUUGUGAGUUAAAGCAAGGAAGUAGUUAUUAUAAUUACAACUUUUAUGCAAGAUUUAGGGCAUAUAAAGGUGGAGGUCUGAUAGUUCACUACGGUAAAAAGAACUUUUGGGAUGCUAGAGAAGAUGGUAUUUACUUCACACAUGGUAAAGAAACACCUAAAUUAGAGUAUAAAUGGAUCCCCGGGGAUCCCUCUAUGAGAGUGGAGAGCCCCCUAUGA